AUGGACCCCAUCGCGAUCAUCGGCAUGAGCUGCCGGUUCGCCGGGGACGUCGACACACCGGCGAAACUGUGGGAGCUCCUGGCCGAGGGACGCAGCGCGUGGUCGCCGAUUCCGGAGGAGCGGUUUAACGCGGCUGGGUUUCAGCACCCGAAUACUGAGAAGUUGAACGCAACCAACGUGGUGGGCGGGCACUUUUUGAAGGAGGAUAUUGGGUUGUUUGAUGCGAAUUUUUUUAAUUUGUCGGCUGAGACGGCGGCGGCCCUCGACCCGCAGUUCCGGCUGCAGUUAGAGUCCACAUACGAAGCGCUAGAGAGCGCCGGCCUCACAUUACAAUCCGUCGCAGGCAGCGACACCUCCGUCUUCGCGGGCUCCUUCUUCCGCGACUACCACGAAACGCAAAUCCGCGAACCCGACUCCCUCCCGCGCUUCCUCCUCAUGGGCACCGGCGCAGCCAUGGCGUCCAACCGCCUCUCCCACUUCUUCGACCUCCGCGGGCCCAGCAUGUCCAUCGACACGGGCUGUUCGACCACGCUAACCGCCCUCCACCAGGGGUGUCAGAGCCUGCGCGCAGGCGAGUGCGGCAUGUCGAUCGUCGGGGGCGCGAAUGUGAUGUUCAACCCGGAUAUGUUUUUGGCGAUGUCGUCGAUGACGCUUAUUUCGCGGGAUGGGAAGUCGUAUGCUUUUGAUCAUCGCGCGUCGGGGUAUGGAAGGGGGGAAGGGACGGCGGUGGUGGUGCUGAAGCGGUUGGCGGAUGCGCUAAGGGAUGGGGAUCCGGUGAGGGCGAUUAUUCGUGAUACUGGGUUGAACCAGGAUGGUAAGACUGAGACUAUCACGACCCCCUCUGGGGAAGCGCAAGAAGCGCUGGUGAGGGAAUGUUACCGGCGCGCGGGGCUUGAUCCGGCGCAGACGGCGUACUUUGAAGCGCACGGCACGGGCACGCCGACGGGAGACCCGAUCGAGGUGGGGGCGAUCGCGAAGGUGUUUACCCCCGAGGGACGGGCACCAGGAGAGGACGGGAAAUUGAGGAUUGGGUCGGUCAAGACGAAUAUCGGGCAUACGGAGACGGCGAGCGGGUUGGCGGCGAUUAUUAAAGUGGCGCUGGCGCUGGAGCACGGGCAGAUUCCGCCGAGUGUGAAUUUUGAGAGGCCGAAUCCGAAGUUGAGGUUGGGAGAGUGGGGGUUGAAGGUGCCGACUUCGUUGGAGGCGUGGCCGGAAACCGCCUCGAGUCAGGGGGGUGUUCAGGGAGGGGUGAAGAGGGCGUCGAUUAAUAAUUUUGGGUAUGGCGGGACGAAUGCCCAUGUUAUUAUGGAGUCGCUGGAUUCUUAUCUUUCGUCCAACGCCAACGGGCAUUCUCUUACCAACGGACACACCAACGGCGUCAACGGUCAUUCCCACACAAACGGAAUCAACGGCCACGCCCUCACAAACGGCAACCACCCCAUCAACGGCCACAACCGCAAAGACAGCGGCAUCUCCAUCUCCUCCUCCGACUCCCCCUCAGAAAACCCCUCUCCAGAAACCAUCCACCCCCACCUCUUCACCCUCUCCGGCAAAGACGAACGCGCCACCACCCUGAUUGCCACCAACCUCGCCACCCACCUCUCAACCCUCCCUCCUUUUCCCACACCACAAGACGAGAGCGUGUUCUUGUCUAACCUCGCACACACCCUGAACCACAGAAGAACCCAAUUCCCCUGGAUCUCCACCUUCUCCGCCUCCUCGCUCUCUUCCCUGGUUAAGACUCUUCAAAGUGGACGGGUGAAGCCUGUUAAAAGGGAGGGGGCAGAGGGAAAGGUGCAGAGGAUUGGGUUUGUGUAUACGGGCCAGGGAGCGCAGUGGUGGGCGAUGGGACGGGAAUUGGUGGAUGUGUAUCCCGUUUUUGAGGGGGUUUUGGGGGAGUGUAGUACGGUGUUGAGGGGGUUGGGGGCGGAGUGGGGUGUUGUUGAGGAACUCUCCCGCGACGCAACCACCACCCGCGUCAACCAACUCGAAUACUCCACCCCCGUCUGCGUCGCCGUCCAAAUCGCGCUCACCGUCCUCCUCUCUUCCUUCGGCAUCCACCCCACCGCCGUGACCUCCCACUCCUCUGGUGAAAUCGCCGCCGCCUAUGCCGCUGGCGCUCUCGAUUUAGAGUCCGCCAUGACCAUUGCCUACGCCCGUGGCGGUAUGGCGUCCGAAGGGAGCAAGUCCUCCGUCCUCAAAGGCGGGAUGAUUGCCGUGGGCCUGGGCGCGGAAGAAGGGAAGAAAUGGCUUCCCAAAAUCAAGGCCGGGAAGGUGGUUCUCGCGUGUGAGAAUAGCCCGAGUAGUAUUACCGUCUCGGGAGAUGUGGAUGGGAUCGAGGAGUUGGAGGCGACGCUCAAAAAGGAGAAUGUGUUUGCGCGGCGGCUGAAGGUGGAUGCCGCAUGGCAUUCGCAUCAUAUGGAGGCUGUUGCGGACGCGUAUUAUGCCGCAAUGGAUGGGAAGAUUCGGCCGGCGAGCGAUAAACUCACUGUUGCCUUCUCAUCCCCCGCGACCGGGACCCGACUGGGGGAUAUUGCCGAGAUUGGCGCGCCGGGACAUUGGGUGCGCAGUCUGACGGGACCGGUGCGGUUCGUCGAGGCGUUUACUAGUAUGGUGUUUGACGGGAAGUCGGAGGAACCAGCGGUGGAUAUGGUCAUUGAAGUCGGGCCGCACGCUGCGCUGUCCGGUCCUAUCCAGGAUAUCCUCGGCCUGCCCGUGUUUGAAGGGACCACCAUCCCGUACGCGAGCUGUCUGGUGCGCAAAAAACACGCCGUCGAGACCAUGCACGCUUUGGUGUCGACCCUCAUCCAGAAAGGUUAUCCCACCCUCGACCUCGCAGCAGUCAACUUCCCCCUGGGCACCACCGGUCUGCGGGUCCUGCACGAUCUCCCGCCGUACCCGUGGAACCAUUCCACACGGCACUGGAUCGAGCCGCGGGCUAACAAGGCCUUGCGCGCGAGAAAGGGGGCACCCCAUGAUUUGCUGGGUGCGCUGGUGCCUGGAACGAACAUGGCCUCGCCGACCUGGCGGCAUUUUGUGCGCAUCAACGAGCUGCCGUGGGUCAGGGACCAUGUCGUCCAGGGGGAUGUUAUCUACCCGGCCGCGGGGUAUCUCAGCAUGGCUAUCGAGGGUGUCGCGUUUGUUGCUCACACCCAAACCCCGGAGAAACAAGUCAAAGGGUAUAGGUUGAGAGACGUGGAGAUUACCAGCGCGUUGGUAGUCCCCGAGACAAGCGAGGGGAUUGAAGUCCAACUGUCCCUGCGGCCGUGUACUCGGGCGUUGGAUACCGUUGGGUGGACCGAGUUUGUGGUCAGCUCGGUGACCCUCGAAAGCAAGUGGACGGAGCACUGUCGGGGGUUGAUCCGGGUGGACUACUCCCCCAAGACCAAAACCAUCGACCAACCCACCCAAGACUCGGCCUACCGCGUGCGCAUCUCCCCCAAGGACAUCUACACCGGCUUACAGUCCGGCGGGAUCAACCACGGCCCGGUGUUCCAAAACAUCACCUCCAUCCGCGCACGGCACAACCAGUCGGUGACGGCCUUUGUCGUCGCCGAUGCGGCAGCUACCAUGCCCAAGGGCCAUCAGCACCCGCACGUCGUCCACCCGACGACCCUGGACUCGGUCUUCCAAGCCGCCUACACCGCUCUACCCGGCGCCGGCAACCCCGGCAAGGACACCCCCAAAGUCCCGCGGUCGUUCAAGUCCCUCUGGAUAUCAAGCGAUAUCUCUUCUGUCCCUGGAACCGCUCUCAAGGCUCUUACUGCCCUAGAGUCAGUCAACACCCAAACCAUGACCACCUCCAUCACCGUGGCCCCCGCUUCCCAGGGGAAUCCGGUGAUAACGCUGAGCAAAUUCACCUGCCAAUCAAUCGGCACCCCCCCUUCCCCCUUGCCAGCAUACCACCACCAAAAAUUCACCACCACCACCUGGACCCCCUCCACCGCCCACCUCACCCCUUCCUUCCUCCAACAGCACCUCGGCACCCCCAUCUCUGCCACCGAAUCCGCUCAACUCAUCGAUCUCCGCCGCGCGUGUCUGAUUUAUAUUACUCAUGCCCUUUCGGGACUCACGACGGCGGAUGUGAAGAAGUUGGAAUGGUUCCAGCGCAAGUUUUAUUUGUGGAUGCAAUUGCAGGUUGAGUUGGCAAGGACUAAUCGGCUGGCGCCGGAUAGUCAGUUAUGGCUUGCGCAGGCGGUAGCAGCACCCACCAACCCGAAACUCCUGGCCGAACAGCAAGCUUUCCUAAAGCGAGUCGAAAGCGACAGCACAAACGGGGAGAUUGUCUCUCGUCUUGGAGAGCAAAUCGUCUCUAUUCUCCGCGGGGAAGUGACGGCGUUGCAGGUGAUGCUUGAGGAUGGACUGUUGUCGCGGUAUUAUUUGACGGGACUCAAAUGGGCUAGGGCGAAUGGGAAGCUGGCGAAACUGGUGGCGUUGCAUGCGGCGCAGCAUCCGAGGGCUAAGAUUUUGGAGAUUGGUGGUGGCACGGGGGGUGCUACUACCCAAGUCCUUCGGGAACUAGCUUCCCUCCCAGGAGGCGGGGUAGGCGAAGGGGUUGGGUCGUACGACUUCACGGAUGUAUCAUCCGGUUUCUUCGAGGCAGCGAGAGAGAAGUUCAGGGACUGGGACGGGGUGAUGCGGUAUCGGAAGUUGGACGUGGAGCAGGGCGCCGCGGAGCAGGGGUUUGAAGAGGGGAGUUAUGAUGUGGUGAUUGCGUGUCAGGUGUUGCAUGCGACGGCGUCGAUGGAAAGGACGAUGGGGAAUGUGAGACGGUUGCUGAAGCCGGGGGGGAAGUUGUUUGUUAUGGAGACGACGAGGGAUCAGAUUGAUGUGCAGUUUGUGUUUGGGUUUUUGGGGGGGUGGUGGUUGAGCGAAGAAGAAGAACGCAAAUUCUCCCCCUCCCUCAGCAUCCCCAUGUGGGACAGCGUCCUCCAACGCACCGGCUUCCGCGGCGUCGAAGCCGAAGUCCACGACUGCGACGACGAAGACCUCUACUCCUUCAGCAUCAUGACCUCCACCGCGACUCCUCCCCGUCCCAAAUUCGACUUCGACAUUUCCCUCGUGACCGUCGGAGACGACGUCCCAGCCGACUGGCUCGACCAGCUGCGGUUGUCUAUCGGUUUGUUGACUUGGACAGUGCCCACAGUCGGCACCCUCGAAUCAGCCGCGCAGAACCCACUCGAAGAAGACACCAACAAAGUCACACUGCUAAUCGACUCCCCCACGCACCCUGUCCUCGCAGCCCCGAGUCCAGCUUUGUUUGCAGGUAUCCAGGCAGUGUGCACGCGUUCCCGCGGUGUGCUAUGGUUGACCCACGGCGGCGGACCGGCGAAUACCAAUCCGCUUGCGAGUCUUGCGCCGGGGUUUUUGAGGGCGUUGAGGCAGGAGUACAGGGGUAAACCGCUGGGUACGCUGGAUCUGGAUGCGGCGAGGGGGAUGUUUAGCGACGGGAGUGUGGCGGCUGUGACGGGGUUGUUUAAGACGUUCUUUGCGGAACCUGUUGAUGGGACGGUAGGGAGGGAUUAUGAGUUUGCGGAGAAGGAGGGGGUGGUGUACGUUCCGCGGUUGGUUAAAGACCGGGAGCGUAACGCGCGUGUCUAUGCCCCCCCGGCCACCUCCGAGAACACCACGGAGGAUACCCCAGCAGAAGAAGAACACCUCGAACCCUACCUCCAACCCACCCGCCCGCUUCACCUGGACCUCACCACAAACAAAUUCACCGACGACCCUGCCGCAACCGUCCCACUACCAGAUGACUUUAUCGAACUCGACCCGCGGGCCUUUUCCACCCCCUCUUCGGGACGACCAGACGGAACGACAGACGGAACCACAGACGUAGCAGGCCUCAUCGCCCGCGCCAGCCCAACAGCCGCAGCGAUGGGUCUCCGCGUCGGCGAGCGCGUUUUGGCACUCCUCCCCCCUUCUCCGUCUGGAUCUGCUGCAGAGACAGAGUAUGCUAGUCGGCCCAGAACGCACUGGUCUACUGUCGUCCCUCUGCCCGCCAACCUCUCUCUCCCAACUGCCGCAGCGCUGCCAACGGCGUAUACCACCGCCUAUCUUGCGCUGUAUGAUAUUGCACGACUCCAGCCGGGUGAGAGCGUGUUGGUUCACGAACUGGGAUCGACCACCGCUGCGGGGGUUAUCAGCGUUGGCCUAGCAGCCGUGCAGUUAGCCCAGCGUGUGGGGGCAGAGGUGUACGUUACUGUUUCCUCCGCCGACGAAGCACUCUUCGUCCAGACCAAACUGGGUAUUAAACCCGAGCGGGUAUUCACUUCCCCUCCUGCAGACGACAUAGACGAGUUUGUCGACCGGGUCAAAGAAGUAACCGGCGGAGAAGGAGUCGACAUAGUCCUCACCACCCUGCCAGGUCCCGCUCUGCAGACCGGUCUCGCAUGUCUCGCGCCCCUGGGGAGACUGGUGGAUGUCUCGCCUGGAGAAGACGCCGCUGCGAACAAGACACUGGCCAUGGAGGCUUUUGGAAGGGGGGUUACGGUUUCGCGGGUGGAUGUCCCGGCGUUGGUGGCGAGACGGCCGAUGCAGGUGAAUAGGGUGUUGAAGCAGGUUGUGAGGUUGGUUGGGACGGGGGAGAUUGGGCCUAUUGAACCCGUUGAACCUGUUGCGUUGAGUGAGGUGGUUAAGGGGGAGGUGGGGGGUAGGGUGGUUGUUGUUGGGCCGGAGACUGUCGUGCCGACCACCAAACCCACCGAAAAAACCCCCAUCCGCCCCGACGCUACCUACCUCAUAAUCGGCGGCUUCGGCGGCAUCGGCCGGUCCAUCGCGCACUGGCUGGCCGCCCACGGCGCGCGCCAUCUACUCGUGCUAUCCCGCAACAGCGGCGGCAGCGCGGGAAAGGCCCGGCUGGCCAGCUUGCAGGAAGAGCUGGCCGCAGCGGGUCACAAGGAGGUCAACGUGUCCGCAGUGUCGUGCGAUAUUUCGCGCAUGGAUGAGUUGAGUCGCGUGCUGGAUGCGCAUGUGUUGGCGCGGAAGCCGCCUAUUAAGGGGGUUAUUCAUGGUGGGAUGGAGUUACAAGACGCCGUCCUAGAACACAUGACCCCCCAAACCCACCUCGCCGCCCUCGCCCCCAAACUCCUCGGCACCCACAACCUCCACACCUACUUCUCCCGCCCGACCGACCUCGACUUCCUAAUCCUCCUCUCCUCCCUCGUCGGCGUCGUCGGUUUCGCCUCCCAAGCCAACUACGCCGCCGCCGGCGCCUACCAGGACGCCCUCGCUUCCCACCGCACUUCCCCCGCCGGUGGCAGUUUGCCCUGUGUGGCGCUGGAUCUGGGGAUUGUGAAAUCGGUGGGGUAUUUGGCGGAUGAUGACCGGGAGGGGCUGGGGAAGACGAUUGAGAAGUUGAGGUAUCAUGGGUUUACGGCGCUGAGUGAGGAGGAUGUGUUGGGAGCGAUUGGAGAGGCGGUUAGGGAUCCGAUGGGGGGGCAGUUGAGUUUGGGACUUAACACCGGGCCGACGAAGGGGGAUAUGUCGGGUUCGCCGAUGGUUACGGAUUUGAGGUUUGCGGGGUUGGCUUAUCAGCAGCCUGCUGCGACGGCUUCGACUGCUGCGACCUCCUCCGGAUCAGCUACCGACCUUGCGGCGUUGCUGACCGGGUCGGGAUCACCAGAGGAAGCCGCCGGUCACGUAACCACGGCGCUGGCGCAGAAACUGACAGAUAUCUUCAUGCUCGGCGAGGGUGAAGUGGUGCCGGGCAAGUCACCCGCGGAUUAUGGUGUCGACUCGCUGGUGGCUGUGGAACUCAGGAACAUGCUGGCGCUCAAGGCUGGUGCGGACUUGUCUAUUUUUGAGAUUAUGCAGAGUGGGAGUUUGACGGAGUUGGGGGGUAAGGUGGCGGCUAAGAGUCGGUUUGUGGGGGCAUAA